AGCGCCGCUGCCCCCACACGAUGGCGCUCUGUGUGAUUCACGGCCUCCCUGCACUGACCUGCAGAGCGCACUCUCCUCAGCCGCGGGCGGAGCUGUCACCGGGUUCAUUAAUGAGCCCUCCUCUGGUUCCCCAUGUGGAGGAAUGUUUGCGAGUGGGAGAGCAGAAAGAGGUGGGGGAGGGGGGUUAGUGAGAGAGACAGAGCAGAGGAGGAGUGGAGUGUGAGAUUGUCCGCCGUACCUGCUGCCGCUGCCGCCGCCGCCGCUGCUCAGACAUUAACAGCUUCUCUCCGGGAUCUGAUGCUGCCCGGAGCGUGGAGGAAGCGCCGCUGGAGGCAACCCUGCUUCUGAGCCUCAGGUGGACAGAUGGAGACGGAGGAGGAGGUCGGCGAGCCCCAGGCAGGCGCGACGCACUCCGAGGUGAACGGCGACCUGCCGGGGAACCCGUACCUGAGGGACGGGGCGCUGGACGCGGCGGGGAGUCCGGCCAGGGAGCCGGCGGCGCCGCCGUGUCCCCCAGAGUUCAGCCCCAGCCACCAGUGUGGAGAGAAGAUGCCGUUCCACCACGUGACGGCCGGUCUGCUCUACAAGGGGAACUACUUGAGCCGCUCGCUGUCCGACAGCGACAGCGACGUUCUGGCCAGCAUCUCUGUGGAGGAGCUCGACGAGAUCCGGGAAGCGUUUAAGGUGCUGGAUCGUGAUGGAAACGGGUUCAUUUCCAAGCAGGAGCUGGGAAUGGCCAUGCGGUCUCUGGGGUACAUGCCCAGUGAGGUGGAGCUGGCCAUCAUCAUGCAGAGACUCGACAUGGACGGUGACGGACAGGUCGAUUUUGAGGAAUUCAUGACGAUUCUCGGCCCCAAGCUGCUGUCGUCUGAAACCAGGGAAGGUUUUCUGGGCAGCACGAUAGACACCAUCUUCUGGCAGUUUGACAUGCAGCGGAUCACCCUGGAGGAGCUGAAACACAUCCUCUUCUACGCUUUCCGCGAUCACCUGACCAUGAAGGACAUCGAGAACAUCAUCAUCAACGAGGAAGAAAGCCUGAAGGAAAACUCCGGGAACUGUCAGACGGAGUUUGAGGGAGUCCACCCGUCGAAGAAGAACCGUCAGACGUGCGUGAGGAAGAGUCUCAUCUGCGCCUUCGCCAUGGCCUUCAUCAUCAGCGUCAUGCUCAUUGCAGCCAAUCAGAUGCUGAGAAACGGCAUGGAGUAGCCGGGCGCAGCCAGCCUGCAUGUGCAUGCCGGGUGGGCGAAGCCCAAGGCGCAGCGAUCCAAACCGUCAACCAGGAAACGAACACGCUUUGUUUUUUAUUUCAACGCCUCCAGUUGAUCCGAACAAACCCGCCAUGAAGCCAGCAUGAGGAGGCGCCCGGGGCUCCUCCCCCUUUACUCCGACAGGGACUGUAAGGGCUGACAUCACAUCCACUGUCGUCGCUGUUUCCCUGAUGCAAUAAUUCAGACCGAACAUUUAGAAACGAGUGCAGGAGUCGAGAUCCGCUCCAGACGGGAGCGGAUCUCCCAGCAGGAGGCUGAUGAACUGCCAAGGGACGCGCGCCGCCGAAGCACACCAACAUGGCCGCCUGGUUCCUGCUGGGCCGCCGAACUUCAGCUCCCUGAUUAACUGCUGACUCAGAAACGGGGAGAGAUGUUUCUGAAUGAGAGCGGAUCAUUUCCCCCUGCUGGACCAGAACCCGACCGCUAACGCUUCAUGAAACCGUCGCUUCACCUGAACCAGAUGCAAAAUGUUUGUAUCAUCGAUUCAAUUGAAUCCAUUUUGCUUCGAUUGUUUUCCUCAGAAUAAGUAGAAAAUAAUCAGAAUCAGAGAUUUGAGUUGUUAUAAAGCCGGAUUUAUUUACAUCUUAUCACAACUAAUUAACCUGGAGGUCUUUGAUUUUAUCCAUCAUCUAAUUUAAAAUGUCACUCGAGAUCAAUUAGUUAUUUAUUUCACCUUUCAUAGUUUGUUUUGGCUUUUCAUCCUGUUUUCACUUCAAAAACACAAAAUUCUACCAAAUAUUUCUGAUUUAGUUUCCACUACAAACAUUUUAAUUCACUUUAUAAUAAUUUCACCAUGUAUUUAGUUUCUAGUGCAAAUGUCUCAAUAAAUCUUUCCCUCCAAAAAAAACUGAAACUUUUGAAAGAAAAUUUUAAUUUCUGAGUUUGAAAAAAUUGAAAAUCUUCUACAAAAAAACUUUAAAAUUUUUAUUUUAACCUUGAAAAAUUUCUAGAGAAAACAUGAAGUUUUUAUGAGUUUCAAAAGUCAAACAUUUUCUGGAAAAAUUACAGAAAUUUUGAGCAAAGUCUGAGAAAUUCUCUCAACAGAACUUAGAAAUUUUGAAGUGUGAAAAGUAAAAAAUGUGCUAGAAAAAAAUAAUUGAGAUUAGGCCCAGAAAUCACCUAGAAAAAUAUAAAAUGUCUGAGUUUCAGAAGUUAAACAUUAGACUUUUCAAGUGUCCAUUUUUUUAGUUUUUCAAAUGUUUCUAGGAAACGUUUGACUUUUCAAAUUCAGAGAAUUUCUAGAAUUUUUUAAAAAUUUAUCACAAGAUUUCAGAUUUUUUUUCAAGCAAAUUUCCAACUUGUCAAAAAAAACAAAAAAACUUGUGAUUUCUGGAAAAUUUCAGAUAAAAACUUCUAAUUUUUUUGGGGGGGGGGAGGGGUUGCAAAGAUUUAACAUUUGAAACUCAGAAAUUAUGUUUUUCUAGACAUUUUUUAGUUUUUUGGCAGAAUGUUGCCUUUUCUUUCUUCUACCUCCCUGUCCACUGAUUCACUCCUGCACUGCCUCUCAUUUAAACUCUUAAAGGGCCAGCAGCCCCUCGCUAACUGCAUGUGAUCGAGUCUGUGUCUUGUGUAAAUAUUGCAACCUUUGUCAGAAGUGUGUGUCCCUUGUGUGUUUUGAUGUUUCUGUGUGUGUGUGUGUGUGUGUGUGUGUGUGUGUGUGUGUGUGUGUGUGUGUGUGUGUGUGAGGGGUGUGUGUGUGUGUGUGUGUGUGUGUGUGUGUGUGUGUGUGGUGUGUGUGAGACUGUCGGUGCUCUCCGCUCUCCAGGGGCUUCAGGGUCCCGAAACAUCCGGGUCGCUGACGUCCUUCCGGUUCCCUCUGAACCUCCAUCCAAAGCCAUAAACUCUGCGGAGACGAAGCGGACAUCUAAAUGUCGUCUGUUCCUAUUUUCACACGGAAACACGAGAUGCAACGGGCUUUUUAGACAGAAAUUUGAUUUAAUUUGUUUAUUUUUCACUCCGAUGGAAGGAGAAGUUGGUUUGUUAGUUUGUGUUCUAGUGCCAUCUAGUGGCGACGUCUCUCCACAGGAACUUCUGUAUUUUUCUCGUUUUAAGCAGAACUGUCUGGAAAACUGAUGCUAAAUGUUGAAAUGUCAUGUAAAAUCUACAAAUUCUCUACCAGCAGCGCAGGGAGAGAAGCUCUUAUUUAAACUUGAUAUUUACUGGGAUAAAUCUCUUGCCUGUGGCAGAAAAAUAGGUUUUGAACCUGUAAAAGGUUUAAUUUAUCUACCUUUGGGACUCAUUGAGCUCCGAUGUAGUCUCAAAAACCUGUUUUAUACAUAUUUUAUUUGGUUUUAUUGCAUUUCGUUUGAAGAAUUAAAUCUGCAGAAUGGUUGCACGUCUCCAUCACCGAGUUACUCUGCAGCAGCAUGACGGAUAAUUCCCACUUCUUGACUCACAUGUAAUUUUGUAAAUAUUUACCUGGACAGAAUAUCUAGACAAGCACAUACUGUACUUAAUGCAUGUGCAAUAUUUACUUAGACUAGACUUUCAGUCAUACUAUUUAUUAGAGGCAUAAUAAUUAUAAUCUUGUAAAUAUGGAAAUCUGUAUAAACGCAAAACAAAUAAUUGUUGCAAUAAAAACUUUUUUUUAAGUGUU